AUGCUGCUCAAACAACUCUCAACUUCAUCCUCCUCUUCCAGUUCCAGUGCUGAUAAUGGUAACCAAGAAACUGCCUCACAAACCCAUAUAGAAAACCCUAGCCCACCUACACCAACCACCGCUCCACCCCAAACAAGCGCUGCCACUUCAUUACCCGUGGUGGACGAAGAAACACAACGGCGCUUGAUGAGAAUCCUCCGAAGUUUUCCCUCUGAUAUAGAUAUCACGACGGUUUAUGCAGCUGUAAAAGCCCAAAUGGGAGUAACCUUGUCAAAGGACAAAGCCGUGGACUCCACAUCCCAAAAUAAUCCCCGAAACCCUUCAUCCACCACUCAAACACAAGCCCCUCUUCGCAUCCCUGAACCUACACCCUUCAUCCCCUUGGUGCCGUACGAUGGGGACGACUUUGAAGAAAACGAAGAGGAACAGCCCCCCGCCGCUCCGACUGAAGGGAUGUCGUCCGUACCGCCUCUGCAUGCAGGAGGCACGGCUGUUUUUAGUGCUCCAACGCCAUCCAAUGGCGACGGCUCCAGCUCCCCUACUCUCCUCGAGCCAACACAAUCGAUCAAGAGGAUGAAUCGGUCCCGGAGGAGGAGCCACAACACUGCCGGGCGCGCAGGGUGGAAGUUAAUAGAGUGGGGGGAGGUGGAGGCCGGGAUGGCCAACAUACAACAAGCAGAGGAAGGGCAAGAGGAAGGACUCCGUGUAGCGCAGCAGUUGUUGAAUGAGCCGGAUGAGCCUGAGAACUUAGAAGCCAUUGGGGCUAUAAACCAGGAGGCCGGAGAGGCCGAGCAUAAAAGAAGGGCUGUUGAGGAUAGCCGCCAAAGAGCUGAGAAGAAACGGAAAGAGAAGGAGGAGGAUAACAGAUCAACCGGCGAGCCCCGACAGGCAGCCAAGGCAGAGGUUGGAGCUAGCAAACGUAGCAGAACCAGAGGAGGCUGCACGUGCUACAAAUGA